GAGGAAGAAGUCACGUGGCAGCCGGAAAGCGUGGCGGCUGCUGCGAGAGCCUGUCCCUUCACCGCCCCCAGGGAGCUGGAGCGACAACAAUGACGUCGUUUCCGUUUCCACCACCUCUUCCUUUUCCCGUCCUCGCGGACGCCGUGCCGGGUCGGUGUUAGUCUCCGGCCCUGGUUGUGGAAAGCGACAGAAGUCAUGGCGAUGUUUGAACAGAUGAGAGCUAACGUGGGCAAGUUGCUCAAGGGUAUCGACAGGUACAAUCCUGAGAACCUGGCCACCCUGGAGCGCUAUGUGGAGACGCAGGCCAAGGAAAAUGCCUAUGAUCUGGAAGCCAACCUGGCUGUCCUGAAGCUGUACCAGUUCAACCCAGCCUUCUUUCAGACCACGGUCACCGCCCAGAUCCUGCUGAAGGCCCUCACCAACCUGCCGCACACAGAUUUCACCCUAUGCAAGUGCAUGAUCGACCAGGCACAUAAUAAACAUUGUGAACUUCAAUUCCCAUCACAGCAAGCCCUGGAUGAAAACAUGGACCUCUUGGAAGGUAUAACUGGCUUUGAAGACUCUGUCCGAAAAUUUAUCUGCCAUGUUGUGGGUAUCACUUACCAGCACAUCGACCGCUGGCUGCUGGCCGAGAUGCUCGGGGAUCUGUCGGACAGCCAGCUAAAGGUGUGGAUGAGCAAAUACGGCUGGAGUGCUGACGAGUCGGGGCAGAUCUUCAUCUGUAGCCAAGAAGAGAGCAUUAAACCCAAAAACAUUGUGGAGAAGAUUGACUUUGACAGUGAGUGGUGGCCCACGGCCUCAGGCCUUGGGGCUAAGGGGGUGCCUCUCAAGGGAGGCCGAGGCAGGGGCCCAGAGGACCUGGGUACAUCUGCUCAUGUUCUGGGCUGGGAAGUCUGCACCUGCCAGAUUCCAUUCACCUUGUGUCUCGGGGCUCCUGCCCAGGGAGCAAUAGUGGGGAGCUGGGUGAUCUUCCCUGAAACUUCUAGGCCCUGUGUCCUGCCUCAUAGCACUCAGCAAGACUUCCUGGGGCCCAGCGGGGCCUCGCAGGGGGUCUCUGCACCCUUACUCAUCCCUGAGGCCGGUCUGGUUGGCCCUCUUUUAUCCUUGGGGUACCCAGGCCUCAUGUGCAGACUUGGAGUCCGGUGAACAGUAGGAAUCUUGAUUCUCUACUUUGGGUGAUUUCACAUCUUUGUGCCUCAGUUUUCUCAUCUAAAAAAUGAGGA